CUGAAUAUGUUAUCACAAUUUAUUUCAUAUUGAUUAUGUUUUUGAAUGUUGUGCAAGCAUAGGUAUAAGUACAUUAGAAAAAGGUCAACUUUCUAAUUUAUUUUUUUCUUGGCAACUACGUCGAAUACCAAUUGGCAAAUUUUACUUUGAAGUAAUGAGAUUUAAUUGUAUAGGAUACGAAAUGAGUUGAUUGGUGGGUAGUGAGGGAUGAUGAUGAGGAGGAAUAUAAUGCUUUUGUUUAUAGUAUACUAUUAUUAUUAUUUAUGAUGAAAUAAUGAAUGAAGAAUGAAUGAAUGGGUUGGUAAGGUAAAAACAUUGGGAAGAAGGCAAAAAAGGGUUAAACACUCUUUAAAAAGAGGGAAAAUAUGUCCAUUUCCAUAGCAUUAGGAGAUUUGAGGGAGAAGGCAAGAAUGGAGUCAUUGACCACAGAUUUAGAAGACUUUGAAAACUCCGAAACAGCCUCUUCCUCUCACUUAUUUAUUAAUAUUAUUUAAAAUCUAAUUGCAUCCACUAUUCUUCUUCCCUUUGGAAUUUUGAACCGGCUCCCUCUUUCGCUGGUUGGUGGUGCCAAACCAGAACACACAACACAUACAUACAUACAUACAUACACAUAUAUACAUACAUACCCAGAUCAGUUUUUGAGUCAAAGUUUUGAAGAGUACAACUGAAGAUUUAAUGAAAACUUUUCUGUUUGAGAUCUGAUUGAAGUAUUGGCAAAAUCCAAUAGAGUUAGCCAAGUGCUGCCAGAUUUUUGGUUCUUGGAUUCAAAGGAUUAUAUAUUAAAUCUACUGAGUUUGUUGAAUUGUUGAAGAUGGCUGUGAUUCAAGAUCAGUUGGAGAUCAAGUUUCGGUUAACUGAUGGAUCAGAUAUUGGUCCCAAAACUUUUCCUACAGCUACAAGUGUUGCAACCUUGAAAGAAAGUAUACUUUCUCAAUGGCCUAAAGAGAAGGACAAUGGUCCAAAGACAGUAAAAGAUGUCAAGCUAAUAAGUGGAGGGAAAAUAUUAGACAACAGCAGAACAGUUGCAGAUUGUCGUAGCCCCUUAUGCGACAUCCCCGGUACAGUUACAACCAUGCAUGUUGUAGUUCAACCACCACCACAGGAGAAAGAAAAGAAAGCGACUAGCGAACUGAAGCAAAACAAGUGUGUCUGUGUCAUAUUAUGAUUGAAAAUAACAGAGGAAAUGGGAGUUGGAUUGACAUCAUUUUUAGAUAAAGAGAGAAGUGGAGCUUGUAAAAUUGGAUAACCAAGUUGGAUGGCUCGUGUUGGUGGGGUUCAGGAUUUGUACUUUGACUGCAUGCAUAUACAGUGAUAUACGUAUACAUAAUACAUAUAUAGGUGUUUUAAUGUUGUUUUGUCAGUGGUUUUCUUUAUAGCAGUUGAGUUGUAUUUCAUAUUUCAAUACCAUUCUACAUUAUUUAUUUGUAUUCCAUUGGAUUCUACAAUUUUUUUUGCUCCA